CCCGCAGGCGCAGCGCGCCCUGCGGCACGCGCCAGACGCCCGGCGGCAGGCCGGUGGGCAGGCGGAGGCCCUCGAGCGCCCAGGCGCCGACGUCGGGCGUGAUAGGCCAGGGCUGGGGAGCUUUUUUCCCCGAUACGGUGGAUGGGGCUGAACGGAUCUGAAGGUUACCACGACGCUGGAGGUCCGAAGGCUGCAGUGCUCAUCGGGCGCCGCCCCGCCGGCCCGGCUCCGGCGUACGCGCGCGCGCACGAGGCGCCCGGGACGCGCAUGGCCGCGCCCUGGCGUGCCGGGGCGCCCGGCACGGCGGCCGAAGUCGAUGCUGCAGCGCGGCAUGCGAGAGGGCGGUGCCGCAGCCAGACGUUGAGCAGCAGCGCGAUGCGUUCCCCCCCCCCGGCCUGCGGGCCUCGAGCGCCUGCGGGGCGCCGUGCAGCAGGCCGCCCCGGAAGGCCACGUGCAGGCCUGGGGAGGGGAAGGCCACCAGCGCCUCGCGGCCGUGGCCCGCGGCAGGCCCGAGGUCCGGCGCGUCCGGGUCGGGGCAGCCGUCGGGCCCGGCGCGGAGCGUCGGCCUCGAGAGGACCACCUCAGGGGCGCCACUGCUGGUCAGGUAGGUCGCAGUGGCCAGCGCGGGGUGGGCGAGCAAUUCUUGGAGUCGUCCAGAAGGUUCUCGUCCUUGUCGUAGUGCCAGCCAACCCCGCGCUUCCCCGCGGGCUGCGACGCCACCCGGCGCUGCACCCAGAACUCGGCCCCGGCUGCACGACCCAUCCGUGACACCGCCUGCUCGCCAUCGCUCGGACAUCCGUUCCCCGUGCGUUUGUCGGCUUCGUGCAUGUAUUUUCUCACCAGGUGGCCCGAAAGGCUCCUCGAUGCUCCUCACCGAGGACACAUGCACACGUCCGAGCGAUGCCAAGCCUGCGCCGACCAGCCCAGCCUGCCCACGUGGAACCAGAACACGUCCAGUGCCCAUUCCUCGAGGCGUGACCGAGGCGUGGCCAUGGCGGGCAUCCAGAAGGGCGAAUUGCCCACCUCCGCGGCCAUCCUUCGGGCUGCGGACUUCAGCGAGCCCAGCUGGCGCGGGUCGCCGUUGUCGGCCGAGGGGAAGCUGCUCCAGGUCAAGAAAGGAGGCAUCAGGCACCUGCCCUCCGUGCGGCGCCGAGCCACGAGCGCCUGCAGACGCCAGACUCCACAGUCGAGCUCGACGUCGCUGCCAUCGGUGUCCUCGUCAGGCUGGGACGACUGAGAGAGCCCUGCUGCCAUGGCAAGCAGGGCCAAUCUUCACCCUCGCAGUGACGCGCGCUCGGGCCAGCAGCGUGGCU